AUGUGGAGUUUUACGAAUUUUAAUAAUAUAUGGGGAAGGGACUUUUUAAAUAUAUCUGAUCCAUUCACAGAAGAAUAUACGUGUUAUCCAGUUUCUUUUAUUGGGAAAGAUGAUAUGGAGAAUGGAAAUAAAAUAAUACUUCCACAAACAGCUUUAAAUGCAUUAGCUAGAAGGCAUAUAUCAUGGCCAAUGUUAUUUGAAGUUUCUAAUCCAAUUACUGAAAAAAAAACUCAUAGUGGAGUUCUUGAAUUUAUAUCUGAUGAGGGAACCUGUCAUAUGCCAUAUUGGAUGAUGCAACAAUUACAAUUAAAAGAAGGAGACAUUGUUAGAGUUAAGAGUGUUAGUUUGCCUAAAGGAACAUUUGUUAAGCUAAAACCAUGCUCUAAGGAUUUUAUGGAAUUAUCUAAUCAUAGAGCUGUUCUAGAAACAGCUUUAAGGAAUUAUGCUACGUUAACAGUAGGUGACAAUAUUGUAAUUCACUAUUUAGGAAAAACUUACGAAAUAAAAAUUGUGGAUUUAAAACCAGCUUUUGCUUGUACUAUAAUUGAAACUGAUGUCGAAGUAGAAUUUCAAGAACCUUUAGACUACAAUGAAAAUAUACAAUCAGUAGAAGAAACUUUACCAAAUGAAGAAAGCAAGUUUAAAGGAAAAGGACAAAGAACAGAUGGAAAAGCAUGUAAAAAUAUCAAAAAAGAAAAUAGCAAACCUAAGAUUAUUGAAAAUAAAGAACCAUGGAAAGACAAAUUAGUCGGAGGAGUCAGAACUAAAUGCAUUGAAUAUGACGAAUUGCUAAAAAAGGGUCACAUUCCAGGUAUAGUAGGGAAAUUCAAAGAGCGUAAAAAUUAA